UAUACUGUACGUAGUGCGGUGUUACUGCUAGAUAAGACACGCACUUUUACAUCUUUAUCAGCUGUUCUUUGUUAGCUGUUGCGUCUAGACGCCCACAUCAUGUAUUCUCUUUUUUCGAAGUUCCGCCAAACGGCCAGGCUUCACUUCUUACGAUUCUCAUCUGUUGCCACCAAUAGUAGUAGUAGUCUAACUCAUAGGUUCUCUUCGCCUUCAUUACGUAUCACGUCUGUACAACUGAAAGAAAAAAAAUUGUCUAUCCAAUGGAACAACAGCAACACUGUUGACUUGCCAUACGUUUUCUUGCGCGACAACUGCCAAGAACCAGAGUCCUUUGACCAAGUGGCCAGACAGAGGCUCUUCAAUCCUGCAUUCACCGUCGAUCUAAACAUUCGGGCAACUGAUGCUCAAGUGAACGAGGACGGCAAACAGCUCACUAUCACUUGGCCAGAUGGACACCACAGUAGAUACAAGUCUACAUGGCUGGGAAGACACUGCAUCGGAAAUACUACCAUGUCUGGACGACUACCUGUGGAAACUGUCCAUUGGGAGGGUGAUUAUUACGACAAGAUGCCUCGAUUUGAUUUUGAGAUGCUAUUGGAAGAUGACAGAUGUUUGCUUGAGUGUUUGCUAAAAGUGGAAUCUCAUGGCUUGGUGUUACUUGAAAAUGUUGGGACUCAGCUAAAUCAAGUGAAAAGGUUUUGCGAUCGUAUUUAUUAUCCGAAACCAUCUAUCUAUGGGAGGGGCGUUAUGACGGUGGAAAAUAAGCCAAACGCAAGUAGCCUUGCCUACUUGAGUGUCGAGUUGUCUUUACACAAUGAGCUUCCACAAUAUGACUAUUCUUGUGGGCUUCACAUUCUUCACUUCAUUCAUCAGUUAUCGGAUUCCGCUGCUGGUGGCAAGACUCGAUUUUGUGAUGGAUUUCGCGUUGCUGAAGUGUUGAGGGAAAAGAAUCGUGCUGCGUUUGAUUUACUUUCACAAUAUCCAGUACAGUUUGUGGAUGUUGGUAGCGAUCUUGUUGGAGAUUACGACAUGGAAGCAUGGCAUAACACCAUUAGAGUGUCUUCAAGCGGUGAGAUCACUGAAGUGAAUUACAACAACCACUGCCGAGGUCCUCGUAUUCCAUCUAUCCUAGUGGACAAAAUCUACGAGUGGUAUGCAGCAUAUUACGAAUUCUCCCAUCUGUUGCACUCGCCCGACUACAUGAUUGAGUUUAGAGUACAACCCGGACAGAUGACGAUGAUCAAUAACCGUCGUGUACUACACGGACGAUCAGCAUUUAAGUUGCAAGACAAUGAGUACCGCUAUGGUGAGGUCUGCUACAUGGAUUGGGACGAGAUUCGUUCUAAAGCUCGAGUACUUAUGAAAAAACUGUCACUCACUUUGUGAUAAAUCUUACCAAUUUGAAUACUGUAAAAUAAUGCAAUUUCCUUUUAAAAAUACACUAUAUGCAAUUCUAUCUAGACUUCAUUAGUUACAUUGACAACACA